AUGCUUCUCGCCGUCUUCUCACUCUUCCUCUUUGCCUUCGUGAGCAGCACUGCUUCGGAUCAAGUCAACAACACUGCUGUGAAUCUCGACGCCGAUAGAGUGGCCCUCUUCUUUCAGACUAUAGAUGAAGAAUUGGCAAGAAGAAACAUCCGUGGAGCCGCCUACGCUUUCAGGGGACCGGGCAUGGAGGCUCCGCUUUUGGGAGCCUAUGGCAAAGUUUCGGGAAGCCCCUACGCAGAGCCAGUCGAUACGGAUACCGCCUUCAUGCUGGCGUCUAUAUCCAAACCCUUCGUUGGCGCUACUAUGGCCGUUCUGAUUGAUCAGGGCCGUCUAGACUUGGAUGAUGACAUUUGCAGCGUUCUGGGCGGACCCACGCUCAAGGGAGGAGCCAUCAACACUGCCUGUAGGAAUCCAUUCUUUCCAACGACCAACGUCACAUGGAGGAUGCUCAUCAACCAUCGAUCCUCCAUCAAGAGAAGUGUUCCCGAUCCUGACAACGCAACCGCGGUUUAUGGGCCGACAGGAGAGAUGUAUCCAUUCCAUGUGGGCAACCCAGAGUGCCCUAUUGACGACACCAAACAAUUCUUCGAGGAUCUCUUUGUCAACAAACCGACAGAAACUACAGUGGGCAACAUUGGAUACUCUGUCAAUUGGUACCAGCUAGCACAAGACGCAAUGGGUGGUGUCUGGAGUGAAGACUAUGGACCGGGGGAACGGCGUGAAUACUCCAAUAUUGCCCCCGCUUACAUUGCCGCUCUCAUCGAGAGGCUCACGGGGGAAAAGUUUGAGGAGUUGUCGGCAACAAGCGUGUUUGCGCCAGCAGGCAUGAACAGCACUGCCUGGUUUCGACGUGACCUACCCAACAACACACUUGAGGCUGUUCCUCUCUAUCCAUACGACGAAGCGAGUGGUACGUGGGAACCCUGGGGUCACUAUUGUUUUGCCGACUAUGCAAACGGACAGCUCCACUCUACAAUCAGUGACAUGGCCGCGUAUGCGGAUCUCAUGCUCUCUUAUGGGAUUGGAACUCUCUGGUCCAACACCACAGCGUUUGAUCAUGUGUUUGGAUGUCAGGAGAAGGACGAGUCUGGCAAUAUUCUGGGAGAUGAUGAUUGCAUUUAUGCCUUGUCCUGGAACCACCUGUCGAACACCGUGAGAGAUUUCCACGGAGAAGAUACAAGCUUGGAUUGGACCAACGGGAUACAGCACAACGGACUAGAUUACGGAGUUGCAACCGAUGCCGUCAUCCUGCCAGAGGCAAACACCUAUGUAAUUGUUCUUCUCAAUACCGACGGAGGGGACGCCUUUUACUUUAUGGAUGCGAUCCUGGCGGAAGGCAUUGCCCUUCUGAACGGAGAACCACCUGUUGGGGCGGCAUCCCGGGGUGGCGACCAGAGGUUUCUGAGAAGAAACGCUCAUGUCGAGGAGGAUAUUCCAGGUCCAUCGCCUCAGACAACGGGGGCUCCUCCCCGUCACCACCACCACCGACCAAGCUAUUCCAUAGUCAGUGAAGCAGGUUAG